AGCCCUGCGGCCAGGAUGUCGUUCCGCUUCGGCUUCUACCGGACGGCCACGACCCGCGAGCGAGUGGAGCGCCCCGCGGAGCGCCCCACGCCGCAGCGCUCGGGGGAGAUCACCCCGGCGGGCUUGCCCCCUCGCAGUUUGCUGGACCACCUGGUGUGCGAGAUGCAGAACCACCUGGACGAGAUGGAGCGGAUGCGGCAGGUGCUGUGCGACGCCUACCCGCGGCUGAACUCCUGGAGCGACCUGCGGCCCAGCAUCAAGGGCUCCUCCUCGCAGGAGGAAGGCGAGGGCGGCGUGGACGACGAGUCCCGGAGGGCCUUCUGCUACUGCCUCGACCUGCCCGGCUUCCAGCCCGAGGAGGUCUCCGUCAAGGUGGACGGGAGGAAGAUCUCCGCCUCGGGGAAGCAGGACCGCCGCGCCCGCGGACAGGACGGAUGCGUCUCCCACGAGCUGCGCGAAAUCCGCAAGGAGAUGAUGCUCCCUUCCGACGCCGACCCGGCCGGGAUGAGCUGCUGCUUCUUCCCCGACGAGGGGCGGCUCCGCAUCCAAGCCCCGCGCAUGGGAUCCACCCCACUGGCCGAGAAGAGGAGCGUGGCCAUCGCCAUCUGCAGGGUGGAGAACACCAACACCAACGCCAUCCCUCCCGAAGGAGACAAGGAGCCGCCCGCCUCCCCGGAGAAAGACGCCGCUGCCUCCAAAUAGACGGGGCCCACGGCCACCAAAGUUGAACGCCCCUCGAAGAAGGCCCAGGCCUACACGGCAGGGGGGGUGUUGUAGUUGGGGAGCGCCUUUUUGGUGCUUUUUGAGCCUGGCGCAUUUGGGGUUGGUUGGCGCGUCUUUUGCGCCUUGGUUUUGCGCGCCGUUGCGCAAUUAUUUUG